CAUGCAUUGAACAUGCACGGAACGCAACCAUAGAUUGGUCGAUUUCUUCGAGGAGAAAACUUGAAUGAGUAGUCGGCAUUACGUAAUAUAGUGUGAACAAUUUACAAUAAUUUCCGUACGUGAAUCUUGUGAGAGGUGUUCGUAUCUCGUGUAUCGUGCAUUGCACAUUGUAUUUUUUAUUUUCGGAGUGACAUAACCUGAGACCUAUCCUAUCGCUAUCUGUUUAUGGCGAAUUAAGUUGUGAGAUUUGACAUACGAUUCGCGCCUCAACUAUGUUAUUACCAUAUCUAAUAAACAAUUGGAGAUACAGCAAUGCGCCUGAAGGCAAACAGCCGUUUGAAAAAGUGCUCGGGCUGAGUAAAUAUGGAUUUGGUGGUAGCUUUUUCAUUGGCGCAUAUGAUUGUAUACUAGUAUCGCAAUCAUACACCUUUUGGGAAGCAUUAAAUACAAUGUCUUAUUGGGUGGUACCUAUUACUGCCAUGUGUGCCACUUUUGCCUCUGUGGCAUAUACAGUGACAAAAAUUAGAGGAAAAGACGGCUACGCCAAUUAUGUUCUAGCUUCAUUAGCUACAAGUGGAGUCUUCUAUCAUUGGCAGAGAAACGGUGUGCUCACUCAUAGCUUCGCCGUUGCAUUAAUUGCGUGUUCCAUUAUUAAGAAACAUGGUGAUUUGAUUAAUUGGAAACCUUUUCCACUAGACGCUGAAUUAUUAACUCAACACACUACUUUCCCCUAUGAUUUUACUAUUGUCAAGGAUCCUAGGGGACGUAGGCCCUGGGAGUAAUGAUCUUUUGUAUAUAUAAAAAAAAAGAAAAGAAUUAGUGCUGCAUAAAAUUAAAUGGCGAUAUGUUAUACUAUACACAUAUAAUUGAUGAUAUAAAAAGAUACAUAAGAUGUAUCUUUUAUUUUCAUCCUGUAUUUAUUCAGAUUCUAGUACAAUAAAUAAAAAGAAUUGCAAAAGGA